AUGAGAGCCGUCGUCGCCUCGUUGGGACUUUUCUUGUCCGCCGCUGCCGGACACACUAUCUUCCAGGAACUGUAUGUCAAUGGCGUCUCGCAAGGUCAUCUGAAUGGGAUCCGAGUUCCUGACUACGAUGGGCCUAUCACCGAUGUCACUUCUAAUGACGUUAUUUGCAACGGUGGCAUCAACCCAUUCCACCAACCUAUCUCGACCACCGUCAUCCCGGUCGCUGCUGGCUCUCAAGUGACCGCUGAAUGGCACCACACAUUGUCCGGUGCUGCUCCUGGAGAUGCUGCAGACCCGAUCGACGCGUCACACAAGGGGCCAGUCAUGGCAUACUUGGCUAAGGUUCCCUCUGCUACACAGUCCAGUGUGACGGGACUGCAAUGGUUCAAAGUUUGGGAGGAUGGUCUUACCUCUGAUGGCAAGUGGGGUGUCGACAGGUUGAUUGCCAACAAGGGAAAGGUCACUUUCACCAUCCCAAGUUGCAUCGCUGCAGGUCAAUAUCUCCUGAGGGUCGAGAUUAUCGCCCUUCACGCUGCGGGCUCAUAUCCAGGUGCCCAACUCUACAUGGAAUGUGCUCAACUGCAAAUUACCGGAGGAGGAAACACUUCGCCCGCUACAGUCAGCUUCCCUGGCGCGUACAAGGGUUUCGACCCCGGAAUCACGAUCAACAUCUACCAGACCUUGAGUGGCUAUACGAUCCCUGGCCCUCGUCCAUUUAGCUGCAGCGGCUCGCCGCCUCCCACGCAGGCCCCUACUCAAGCUCCCCCUGCAUCGACACCCGUCACCAAUCCUCCACCGGCCUCUACGUCCGCUGCCAGUGGAACAGUAGCCCAAUGGGGGCAGUGCGGUGGAAUCGGCUACACUGGACCUACGGCCUGUGUCUCCCCUUUCAAAUGUACGAAGUCCAGCGACUACUACAGCCAGUGUUUGUAA